GUCAAGUCGUCUGAUCCUCCUGAUCACUGGAAUCAUGGUCCAUGGGUACAAAGGGGUCCAGUUCCAAAAUUGGGCAAAGACCUAUGGUUGCAGUCCAGAGGUGUACUACCAGCCCACCUCCGUGGAGGAGGUCAGAGAGGUGCUGGCCCUGGCCCGGGAGCAGAAGAAGAAAGUGAAGGUGGUGGGUGGUGGCCACUCGCCUUCAGACAUUGCCUGCACUGACGGUUUCAUGAUCCACAUGGGCAAGAUGAACCGGGUUCUCCAGGUGGACAAGGAGAAGAAGCAGGUAACAGUGGAAGCCGGUAUCCUCCUGGCUGACCUGCACCCACAGCUGGAUGAGCAUGGCCUGGCCAUGUCCAAUCUGGGAGCAGUGUCUGAUGUGACAGUUGCUGGUGUCAUUGGAUCCGGAACACAUAACACAGGGAUCAAGCACGGCAUCCUGGCCACUCAGGUGGUGGCCCUGACCCUGAUGACAGCUGAUGGAGAAGUUCUGGAAUGUUCUGAGUCAAGAAAUGCAGAUGUGUUCCAGGCUGCACGGGUGCACCUGGGUUGCCUGGGUAUCAUCCUCACCGUCACCCUGCAGUGUGUGCCUCAGUUUCACCUUCAGGAGACAUCCUUCCCUUCGACCCUCAAAGAGGUCCUUGACAACCUAGACAGCCACCUGAAGAGGUCUGAGUACUUCCGCUUCCUCUGGUUUCCUCACACUGAGAACGUCAGCAUCAUCUACCAAGACCACACCAACAAGGCCCCCUCCUCUGCAUCUAACUGGUUUUGGGACUAUGCCAUCGGGUUCUACCUACUGGAGUUCUUGCUCUGGACCAGCACCUACCUGCCAUGCCUCGUGGGCUGGAUCAACCGCUUCUUCUUCUGGAUGCUGUUCAACUGCAAGAAGGAGAGCAGCAACCUCAGUCACAAGAUCUUCACCUACGAGUGUCGCUUCAAGCAGCAUGUACAAGACUGGGCCAUCCCUAGGGAGAAGACCAAGGAGGCCCUACUGGAGCUAAAGGCCAUGCUGGAGGCCCACCCCAAAGUGGUAGCCCACUACCCCGUAGAGGUGCGCUUCACCCGAGGCGAUGACAUUCUGCUGAGCCCCUGCUUCCAGAGGGACAGCUGCUACAUGAACAUCAUUAUGUACAGGCCCUAUGGAAAGGACGUGCCUCGGCUAGACUACUGGCUGGCCUAUGAGACCAUCAUGAAGAAGUUUGGAGGAAGACCCCACUGGGCAAAGGCCCACAAUUGCACCCGGAAGGACUUUGAGGAAAUGUACCCCACCUUUCACAAGUUCUGUGACAUCCGUGAGAAGCUGGACCCCACUGGAAUGUUCUUGAAUUCGUACCUGGAGAAAGUCUUCUACUAAAGCAGGAGUGGAAACAAACCACCCUGACCCCUCACACUUCUGCUGCCCCCGGGGGUCUGGGGAGCAGAGAAGUGCCUCACAAGCACAAUGGGAACUGACCUCUCCUCCUGACCACAAAGAAAGGCUGGGCUCUGGGCGGGUCCUCUCUGCCUUCGGCAUCAUUUCCCUUACAUCCAGGCAAGAAGUGGCCUCUCACUCAAAUUCCUGUUAGCAUUUCCAUGGGUCACACAUAAACUGCAAUCCUCUCAGGAGAAGGGGGAUCCCUGAUACAUCAUAUCUAUCCAGACUAAGGAUGUGGUUCUUCCUAGAUUCUAUGGCUCCACCAGGUAUAGAGAGAUUCCUGGGGCCUGCAGUUCUCCAUCCCUCUUCAGAAGGGAGGGAUCCCUUGGCGAGAGUUUGGCUCAGAGGUGGCAUGAAGCAUGCUCUGCUCUCUCUUACCCUUGAAGGUCCUUCGGAUGCCCAGAGAUGUCUGCUGGUCCUGGGCAAGCCAUCAUUCAAACGGGUCCAACCUGGCCUUCUGUCUGCCAUGGCCUGACCCUCGCAGUGUCUCUUCCAGAGGUGUUUAGAGUGGAACUCGCUUCAACCUCUUAACCAGUUGCUGAUCCCUGUGUUUCUCUCCCUUCUCCUUGGAGACUACUCUUGGAGGGGGAUCCCACCAUGUCCUUGGCUUUCCCUGGGUAUUGUUCUCCUCUUCCUCUUCACAAAUAUGAUUUCAGUUUGAUUUGUGGCCUUUCUGGAGUGUUCCUUGGAGAACCAAGAUGUUCCAGCUACUUUGUAAGAAUUAAAAGGCACUGAAGAUGUU